AUUUCUGUCGACAAUAAUACAAAGACAUGAAAGCCAAUCAGCAUAGAAGGAUUGCGAACGUGAAGUUCGUCUGUCAUCAUGAUGGGGUUUUAUCUAGGCAUCAGCGCUCGUCGCUCAUCAAUGCAUCAACACCGCUACCCAUAAGCUAACAGCUAUAAAUCCGCACUUCUCAGGUUGUGGCCCUCUUCAUGGAAUGCAUAUUGUAUGGCAUUUAUCUCGUCACUCUCGUGCAAUGUCUGCGCGCCCUCUUGUGGUCCGACUCAAACCAUGCCUUCAAGUCGAGGAACACGGUCAACUGGCCUAUGCUCGUAGUCACCCUCUUACUAUGUACUUUUGCUACUCUUGAUGUCGCCUUUGGUCUUCGCCAUAAUCUCGUAGCCUUCGUCUACUACACUGGCCAGGGUGGAGCUACAGCAGAGUUUGAAAAUAUCUCCUACUGGGUAAAUGUCAUGAAGGCCGUGUGUUAUGGGUUUCAAACGUUGAUUGGUGAUGCCAUGUUGAUCUAUCGCUGUUACCUUGUAUAUGGCAGAAACUGGAAAAUUAUCAUUCCCUCGUUCAUGAUUUGGCUUGCUAGCUUCUCAUGUGGCGUUGUAGUAAUUAUCACUUUCUCAACGCUUGACACUAGCGCCCUCCUGAAUGUAAGCCAAGCGGAGCCGUACGUAGAUUCUCUACUCGGCACAACCCUGGGUGUGAAUUUCAUAACUACAUCUUUGAUAGUAUAUCGUAUAUGGUCUGUCGAUAGGCAGACAGCAAGCAUGGCGGCCAGCACUAGCUCCCAUCGAGGCUCGCAUUUGAAACACGUUAUUCGCAUCGUCGUCGAAUCUGCCG